UAAAAUGUUUGCUGAACUAAUAAUAUUCAUAAUAACCACUUUAUUAUUUUAUUACAUAUACGUAUAUAAGAAAAUCCACUAUUUCUUUAGAAACAAAGAUGUUAAGUUCUUACCUGGUGUGCCUAUAUUUGGUAAUAUGUAUGAUAGUACAUUUGGAAAGAAACAUUACAUAGAAGAUUUGGAAACUGUGUACAAAGCUUUCCCGAAUGAGAAGUAUGUCGGCCUCAUCGAAGGUUGUGCGCCGAUAGUUUUGAUCCGUGACCCUGAAUUGAUAAAAAUAAUCACAAUUAAAGAUUUCGACUAUUUUGUCAACCACAAACAAUUCUUCGAUGAGGACACAGAUCCAUUGAUUGGUGGAAGUCUUUUCAUGAUGAAAGGUGACAAAUGGCGAGACAUGCGUGUAACUUUGAGCCCAGCGUUCACCGGUUCUAAGAUGAGAUUGAUGAUGAAUUUCAUGAGUCAAGUUAGCUAUAACAUAAUCGAUUACAUAAAAGAUCAUGUUUCUGAAGAAAUCCACAUAGAUGACCUAACGCGUCGUUACACCCUCGAUGUCAUCGCAUCAGCAGGCUUCGGGCUCCAAGUGAACUCAGUCAAAGAAAAAGACAACGAAUUUUUCAAAAUGAGCAAUAAGUUAUUUAUUCCUGGUUUAAAGCAGAAACUGGCAAUGUUUAUAGCUUCGCAGUACCCAAAACUUAGCAAGAAAUUAGGAUGGAAAAUACUAUCAGAAGAAACGAUGUCUUAUUUUAAAAACACUAUUGCGUAUACUAUUAAUGACAGAGAAAUUAACAAUAUAGUACGUCCAGACAUGAUUCAUCUACUACUAGAAGCUUAUAAAGGUACGUUGAAAGCUACACAAGCAGAGAAAGAUGAUAUUGGAUUUGCUACGACAGACGAAGUCUUAAAACCUCGAGGUGGUAUAAGAAAAUGGACUGAAGAUGAAAUAAUGAGCCAAUUGUUUGCAUUCUUCGCGGCUGGCUUUGACAGUGUUGCAGGAGCUAUAACUGCAUCUGUCCACGAAUUGGCCAUAAAUCCAGGAGUCCAAGAAAAAUUGUACCAGGAGAUCAAGGAAUUUGAAGAGAAUAACAAAACUUUAUCGUACGAGAAUGUGGGCCAGUUGAAGUAUUUGGAUUGUGUAGUUAAUGAAACAUUGAGGAAAUGGCCACCAUCCAUUUUUAUGGACAGGGUAUGCACUAAACCUUACGAGCUACCAUCACCUAGAGAAGGAGGAAAGCCUUACCGUUUGAACCCGGGUGACAUUGUUUACAAUAUGGUGAAUGUUAUUCACAUGGAUGAACAAUACCACCCCAGACCUCAUGCAUUUGAUCCGGAUCGGUUCUCUGAUGAGAAUAAACACAAAAUAACACCGUUCACUUUCAUGCCCUUCGGAAUGGGACCGAGAAAUUGUAUUGCUUCAAGAUUUGCACUACUGGAGAUAAAAGUGAUCUUAUACGAUCUGGUGUUGAACUACAGGAUCGUAAAAAGUGCAAAUACAAAGGACCCUGCGCGUCUCAAGAGAGAUGACUUUCGCAUCAAGAUCUUUGGUGGCACAUACGUCAAAUUCGAAUUGAGACAUUAAGUUUAAAAUUUAUUGCUAUAUUAUAGUUAUUUGUGUAUUAUAUCUUAAUAAUAUUAUAAACGCGAAAGUUUGUGAGUAUGGAUGUUUGUUACUCUUUCAUGUAAAAACUACUGCACGGAUUUUGAUUAAAUUUUUCAGUAAUGUAGCUUAUGCAUUAGAAUAACAUAAUAUAUGGGCUAUAUUUUUUAUUGAACUUUAACGCGGGUGACAUCGCGAGCACAGCUAAUACUCUAUAAAAUUAAGAAUAUAAAUGUACUAAUAUUAAAGAAGAUUGUAUUAUCAAAUAGAGUAAGUAUGUAAGAAAAAUUGUAUUAACUGAGUAGAAUUAAAAACAAUUGUAUUCUGUAUCACAUUGCUGUAUUAAAAUGAACCGAUGAAAUGUAAAUAAAAAUUUAAAAA